AUGGCAGCGGCGGUGGCCACAGAGACUCCGUUCCAUGUCCUGGCGGUGGACGACAGCCUCCCGGACAGGAAGCUCAUCGAGAGGCUCCUCAAGACCUCUUCCUUCCAAGUGACCACUGUCGACUCAGGGAGCAAGGCGCUGCAGUUCCUGGGGCUCCAUGACGACCACAGCCCUGUUCCUGUCCACACAGACCAGCUGGAUGUGGCGGUGAACCUGAUCAUCACAGACUACUGCAUGCCUGGCAUGACAGGAUAUGAUCUGCUCAAGAAGAUCAAGGAAUCGUCGUCUCUCAGAGAUAUCCCAGUGGUCAUCAUGUCCUCUGAGAACAUUCCUUCAAGGAUCAAUAGGUGCCUGGAGGAAGGAGCUGAUGAGUUCUUCCUGAAACCAGUACGGCUAUCCGACAUGAACAAGCUCAAGCCCCACAUACUGAAAAGCAGAUGCAGAGAGCACUAUCACCAGGAACAGCAUCAGCAAAGUGACAGCAACAGUGACGAAUGCAGUAACCCCACAAACACCAGCAGCAGCAGCGAUAGCAGCAGCAACCGCAAGAGAAAGGCAGCAGACAACGAAGAAAUCUUGCCGCAGGCAAAUAGAUCAAGGCAUAGUUAG